AUGGUAUUAGAAUUAUUUAUUUCAUGUUUAACAGAUAUUGAUGCAUAUGUAUUAGAAUCAACUGCACUAACAGAAUUUGAUUUUGAAAAUGCUAAAUUGCUAACAAAAGACGAAUUAUAUAAUCCGAAUGCUCUUUCGCUUGAGGAGGUAAAUAAACAUCGAUCUGAUAUACGUGGUCCAAUUGCUUCCAAAAGAAGAUUUCGUCGAAAUGGUAUUAAUAAACCAGCAAAAUUAUGGCCUGGCGGUAAAAUACCAUAUUCGAUAUCACCGCAUUAUACAAAUUUAGAACGAGCAUUAUUAGCUAGAGCUAUCAAGCAGUAUCAUGAUAAAACAUGUCUUCGAUUUGUACCUCGUUCUCCAUAUGAAGGAGAUUAUCUUUUCAUCGGUAAAGUUGAUGGAUGCUUUUCGGAAGUUGGACGAACAAAUGGUGUUCAAGUGUUAUCGCUCGAUGACGGUUGUUUAGAGUAUACAACAAUUAUUCAUGAAAUGAUGCAUGUUGUUGGAUUCUACCAUGAACACGAACGAUGGGAUCGUGACGACUACAUUAAUAUUUUUUGGAAGAAUAUCGAUCGCACAGCAAUUGAUCAAUUUGGGAAAGUUGAUUUAACGAAAACUUCAUAUUAUGGACAGCCAUAUGAUUAUCGUUCUAUCUUGCAUUAUGAUAGUUUAGCAUUUAGUAAGAAUGGCUUUCCAACAAUGCUUCCAAAACAAAAAGGAUUUGCAUCAACAAUUGGUAAUGCGAAAGAUUUUAGUGAGAUUGAUUUAGCAAAAAUUAAUCGAAUGUACGGAUGUUCUGAGUCAUAUUUCAAUUCAUUGCAUCCAAGAGCUCAGAGUUCAAUGAUUUAUGCACCAUCACUUAAACAAUAUGAAAUGCCACCUGUGGAUGAUCAUCAUUAUGUUGACGAAUUUUCUGGAAAAAUGGAACUUAAAAAUUGUAAGGAUCGCAUAACUUCAUGCUGGAUGACCCAGGAUCGAUGUCAUUCUCAGGCUUUAUUUAUACUCAUGAAAACAUUAUGUGCCAAAACUUGCAAAUUAUGUUAA